GGCAGGGGGAGGGGGGAAAGAAAUGAGGGGGUUUUGGAUGGGACAUAAGGGAGGAUGUUGGUGAUGAUGGAUUGUGAUGAUAUCUCUACUUUUUUGGAUUCUGGGAGUGGUGAUGUGUAUUUUUAUGUACUGUAUGCUUGGCGUUGGGGAUCAUAAAAGGCUAAGGCUUUGGUUUUGGUGUGUUGUAUAUUAUUUUGCUGGGGGUGAAGGCUGGGGUUCUGAGAAUGUGCAUUUCGGUCGAUGUCGCUUUUCGAGCUUGUACGCUGCUGCGCUGGGAUUGUGGUGGUUGUGUGAUAUAUUGCAAAUGAAUAACUGCAUAGACAUUUCAUUGCAGUAUAGUCGAUGGUUUGCAGCGAUGACGAUUGCGCUUCAUGGCUUAUGGCAUUGGAUAGGAAGUAGGCACACAUAAAGGUCAGCAUCCAACUGAUAUCUGUCAAUGCAGAUCAACGAGAG